CUGCAGGGGAUGGUACAGCCACCUGAGCUGACCAAAGCUGGAGACUUCAUCCUGGGUGGUAUUUUCACCUUUCGCACUGGUUACAGAGACAGUGUGCCCACGUUUCAAACCUUACCUGACCCUCCAACCUGUCUCAUCAAUGUAAGAGAAUUCAAAUUUGCCCAGACUAUGAUCUUUGCAAUUGAGGAAAUAAAUCAAAAUCCUGCAAUUCUCCCAAACCAUACACUGGGCUACAAGAUAUACAAUUCCUGUGGAAUGACAAACAUUGUGAAGUCUGCUAUGGAUUUAGCCAGUGGGCAGAGGGAGAUCAUAGACGAGAGGAACUGUACAAAGGCAGAGACUGCUCAGGCUGUACUAGGUCACUCUGGGUCUGCACCCACGGUGGGGUUUGCUCGAAUUUUAGGAAGAUUUCACAUACCAGUGCUCAGCCACUUUGCAACUUGUGCGUGUCUGAGCAACAGAGAGGAGUUUCCGUCUUUCUUCCGAACCAUCCCCAGUGACCUCCACCAGAGCAGAGCUUUGGCGAAGCUGGUCAAGCUCUUUGGCUGGACCUGGGUGGGGGCAAUAAGUAAUAAAAAUGCCUAUGGUAUCAAUGGGAUCGCCGCAUUUAUACAAGCUGCACAAGAGGAAGGGGUGUGCAUUGAGUAUUACCAGGCAUUUGAGCAAACAGGUCCCCUUCGUGAGUUAACAAAAGUAGUUGAAACUGUGAAGUACUCCACCUCUAAAGUCAUUGUGGCCUUCAUGUCCCACAGAGAAGUUAAUGUCCUGGCAACAGAGUUGUACAAACGGAACAUCACUGGGCUGCAGUGGGUUGGCAGCGACGCCUGGAUCACAGAUCAUUCUCUGACCGACAGCGAGGGCCACAGCAUCCUGGUGGGCUCCUUGGGCUUCGCUGGAAGCCAAGCUCAGAUCCCGGGGUUGGAGGAGCACCUGAGGCGGCUCCAUCCCUCACAGUUCCCCGACAGUCAGUUUGUCAGAGACUUCUGGGAAGACGUGUUUGACUGUUCUCUGAGACACACAGACACACAAAGAAAGCCAUGCAGCGGUUUUGAGAGCUUGCAGAAUGUCGAAUCAUAUUUUACAGAUGUUUCAGAUCUGAGGUUCACAAAUAAUGUGUACAAGUCGGUUUAUGCGGUGGCUCAUGCUCUCCACAACCUGGUCGCAUGUGAAGAGAAGAGGGGCCCUUUCUAUAACGAGAGCUGUGGUGAUACCAAACAUAUUCAACCAUGGCAGGUGCUACAUUAUUUACAGAAUAUCAACUUCACAACCAGUCAGGGGGAGAGAGUGACAUUUGACCAGAAUGGAGAUUCACCUGCAAGAUAUGAACUCAUAAAUUUACAACAUGUAACUUCAGGGACCAUGCAAGUUGCCACCGUUGGUGCUUUUGAUGCCACUCUGCCCCGUGAGCAUCAGUUUAUGAUGAAUGGCAUGAAGAUAGUUUGGGGUGGAGGAAGUCAUACGGUGCCUGUCUCCGUGUGCAGUGAGAGCUGCCCCCCAGGAAAACGCAAAGUCCUGCAGAAAAGAAAACCUGUUUGCUGUUAUGACUGUGUACCAUGUGCAGAAGGAGAAAUCAGCACAAUUAAAGACUCUCUGGAUUGCAUCAAAUGUCCCACUGACUAUUGGCCGAACACCAGAAGAGACACAUGCAUCUUAAAGGAAAUAGAAUUUCUGUCCUAUGCAGAGAUGAUGGGGAUCAUUUUGACAUUCUUUUGUCUGAUGGGAGCAACUUUGACAAUAAUGAUAGCCUUAGUGUUCUUUCACUUCCGGGAAACUCCUGUUGUCAGGGCCAACAACUCUGAGCUGAGCUUCCUGCUGCUCUUCUCCUUGACUCUGUGUUUCCUGUGCUCUCUGACCUUCAUCGGCCGGCCCUCUGAGUGGUCCUGCAUGCUGAGACACACAGCAUUCGGCAUCACCUUUGUCCUGUGUCUCUCUUGUGUUCUGGGGAAAACUAUCGUGGUGUUAAUGGCCUUCAGGGCCACACUUCCAGGCAGUAAUGUGAUGAAAUGGUUUGGACCUGCACAGCAGAGACUCAGUGUUCUGGCUUUCACUCUCAUACAGGUUUUGAUUUGUAUACUUUGGCUGACAAUCAACCCUCCUUUUCCCUCCAAAAAUAUGAACCACUACAAAGAGAAGAUCAUACUUGAGUGUGCCUUAGGCUCAGCUGUAGGCUUCUGGGCUGUGUUAGGAUACAUAGGGCUCCUGGCUGCCCUGUGUUUCAUCCUUGCUUUUCUGGCUCGAAAGCUGCCUGAUAACUUUAAUGAAGCUAAAUUUAUCACCUUCAGCAUGUUGAUAUUCUGUGCAGUGUGGAUCACCUUUAUCCCAGCUUAUGUCAGCUCUCCUGGGAAGUUCACUGUGGCUGUGGAGAUAUUUGCCAUUCUGGCUUCAAGUUACGGACUUCUUUUCUGCAUUUUUAUCCCCAAAUGUUACGUUAUUUUACUGAGACCAGAACAAAAUACCAAAAGGCACAUAAUGGGCAAAUCAAAAGAUUUUCAAUAG